CAUCCAUGUUUCGCUGCAGAUCAUCUCGUCCUCCCAGGGGCAAGGAAAUGGCUGCAAUGGAGCUGGCUCAGGGGCCGGUAACCUUCGAGGAGGUGUCUGUGUAUUUCUCCAGGGAAGAGGGGACUCUGCUGGACUCCACUCAGAGAGCCCUCUACAGAGAUGUCAUGCAGGGGAACUAUGAGACGAUGGUCUUGCUGGCGGAGUUUCUGGUUUUCCAACGUGAUAUGAUCUCCCAGCUGGAACAAGGGGAAGAGCCAUGGGUCCCAGAGCUCCAGGGUUCAGAGGAAAGAGAGAUCCUGAGAUCUCUCCGCACAGAUGAGGAAACAUUAUACCAACUCAGAAUCUAUCAGGCCUUUCUCAACAUCAGAGAAUCCACACAGGGGAGAGGCCCUAUGAAUGCAAUGAGUGCGGGAAAACUUUCAGUCGCAGCUCGCACCUUAUUGGGCAUCAGAGAAUCCACACACAGGAGGUGUCCUAUGAAUGCAGUGAGUGCGGGAAAACCUUCAAUCGCAGCUCUCACCUUAUUCAGCAUCAGAGAAUCCACACGAGCAAGAAGCCCCGCGAAUGCCAUCAGCAGGCCUGCACAACUCGUAAAGUGGUGAUGUAGAGAAAUCUCUGUAUUAACUAUCUCUACAAAUCUUUAUAACGUUGCAUUGUGUUAUUUUGUAUUAAGUAUCUUUAUCUUUAUGACAUUGCAUCCGGCAUGAUGUUAUUUUGUAAUUCAUAUGACUUGGCAUUGUGCCUCUCUAUUUUCAUACAACUUUGUAUUAGAUCCCUAUAUAGAAAAUUGGUAGAAAACUUUGUAUCAAAUGUUAUAGCCCCUAAGGAUAGUAUAGUUAAAGUAAAAGAAAACAUGUGCCUUUUUGCUAGAAGUAGAAUAAGAUCUUCCCCCGCACUCUGUAAUCAAUUGCUCUAUUGACUGAAUGAGGUGUGAAUGAGUGAGGCUUGGAAGACACCCACCUCCAGACAGCUACAACAGUUGAAGGGGGAAUGGGAGCCAGAGCAAAGGACAAUACAACUUGAUAAGUGGGCCCAAUAAAGAAGAGCAAACAUAUUGAUGGCCUCAGGGAUUAGAAGCAAGCACCUUCUUUAGAAAACAUCCUCUUUGAGCAGCAUUGGGACAACACCCAGAGAAAAGCAGCACAAAGACCAAUAGACGCAGACCCAGAUUUUGAAUCUGGUCUAGAUUUGCAUAAGAGGGAAGCUGCUAUAAAUGCGAGGUGUCUUGCA